GCGAGAUUGUUUCCCUUCAGUCUCAAAAUCUCGCCACAAGCCUAAAUCUCGCGAGAGGCACACGCGGAGUUUCCCUGUGCAUGGCCGGGGGAGGAUGAGGCACGGGGAUAAUCUCUCCUAAAAAUGGGAAAUGUUUAAAAGAUUACAUGGAGAUACACAGAGGUGCCUCCCUCAGCAGCAGCACUGAGGAAGAAACCAGCAUUCACCUUCCCAGAGCAGCGAGAGAGGCAGCGGCGGGAAAAGGAGUGGGAACGCAGCAGGCCCGAGAGCCAGGCACGGUCUGGGUCAGUGGGAGAGACCUGGGAAGCCCCGCCGCCAGAGGGUUCGGCUGCUGAGCAGGGACGAAGCACAGCCAAGACGAGCCCGGGCACCAGCAGAAGAGGAAAAGAACGACACGCGCGAGCAGCUCCUUAACUUCUUCAUAAUUAAAAUCCACAAAUUAAUCUUGCUAAAACUUGCAGUGAUCAAAAUUAAAAUAAAUUUCCUGUAUUCAGACACAAGAAAAUGUACUGCAGCUUAGACCAUUCUUAAGCACCCUUGGAAAACUAAACUGUUUCUGUGCUCUACACAAGCGCCUAGACAUUGUUCCAAGGCACAGCAGCAGCAAUCCUGGGACACAGACAGUAGCCUCAGCUAAAGAGCAGCAGUCUCAACCCACAGCUGCCAAGGCUAAGGACAAAUGAGGAAAGGAGAAUGAGUACUAGAAACACCCACAAUAAUGCAGCAUAGAAAACAUUAACAAGUAUGUGGGAGAGAGAGUGUUUGGAGUAAGUGUAUGGGAGAAGUAGCACUUCCACAUGAGGAAAACCUCAAUUUGGAUACUACAGAUUUCACCGGCAGGAAAGGGAAGAUGAAAGACCGACUUCAAGAACUAAAGCAGAGAACAAAGGAAAUCGAACUCUCUAGAGACAGUCACGUGCUGGCUACGGAAGCAGAGGAACAAGGGGCGUUUGAGCAACAAGCUGUGAUUUACGAAAGAGAGCCUGUGGCCGAGAGACACUUACAUGACAUCCAGAAACUACAAGAAACUAUUAACAAUUUCACAGAUGAUGUUCAAAAAUUUGGACAGCAUCAGAAAAGUCUGGUGGCUUCAAUGAGAAGGUUUAGUCUCCUUAAGAGAGAGUCUAGCACUACAAAGGAGAUAAAAACCCAGGCAGAACACAUUCACAGAAGUUUGGGUGAGUUCGUUAAACAAGUUAAGAAGUCAGAGGCUGAAAACGGUCCAUCAUCAGUGGUCACAAGGAUACUGAGAGCUCAGCAUGCUUCAAUGGCCCAUCACUUUCAGCAAACCAUGUUUAUGUACAAUGACACAAUAGCAGCAAAGCAAGACAAGUGCAAGACAUUUAUUUUCCGGCAGCUUGAAGUUGCUGGAAAACAGGUGCCUGAAGAAGAAGUACAGGAGAUGCUUCAUCAAGGAAAAUGGGAAGUUUUUAAUGAAAGCUUACUUACAGAAAUCAGUAUCACAAAAGCACAACUCUCAGAAAUUGAACAGAGACAUAAAGAACUUGUAAAUUUGGAGAACCAAAUAAAGGACUUAAGGGAUCUUUUUAUUCAGAUAUCUCUUUUAGUCGAGGAACAAGGAGAGAGCAUCAAUAAUAUUGAAAUGAUAGUGAACAGUACACAAGAUUACGUUAACAAUACUAAAGAGAAAUUUGGACUAGCUGUAAAAUACAAAAGAAGAAACCCAUGCAGGGCACUGUGUUGUUGGUGUUGUCCAUGCUGUAGCUCAAAAUAAAGAAGCUAUUUUAGAAACUUCUCCA